AUGGGCAAACCGCGAGUCCUUCUACUGCAGUUAAUUAUCCUGAUCCGACAUGGACAGUCAGAAGGAAACAAAAAUCGAGAAAUCCAUCAGACAGUGCCUGACCACCGCAUCAAGCUUACUCCAGAAGGCCAUCGACAGGCAUUAGAAGCUGGCCGCAGACUGCGUGAGAUGCUACGGCCUGACGACAAGAUACACUUCUUCACAUCCCCAUAUCGGCGAACAAGAGAGACAACGGAGGGAAUCCUAAAGUCUCUCACCUCAGAUGACCCUUCGCCGUCACCGUUCCCUCGCCAGGGUAUCCAGGUAUACGAAGAGCCACGGUUGAGAGAGCAGGACUUUGGCAAUUUCCAGCCAUGCUCCGAUGAGAUGGAGCGCAUGUGGCAGGAGCGUGCGGACUAUGGGCAUUUCUUUUACCGUAUUCCCAACGGCGAGUCUGCCGCAGACGCAUACGAUCGAGUGAGCGGAUUCAACGAGUCAUUAUGGCGGCUAUUUGGAGAUGAUGACUUUGCCAGCGUCUGCGUCCUCGUUACCCAUGGCUUGAUGACUCGGAUUUUCCUGAUGAAAUGGUACCAUUUCAGUGUCGAGUACUUUGAGGAUCUUCGAAAUAUCAACCAUUGCGAGUUUGUGGUUAUGCAGAAGGAUCCAGAUAAUGGAAAAUACGUGCUACGGAACAAGCUACGGACAUGGUCUGAGUUAAAGAAAGAGAGAGAAAGAGAGCGUGAGGCUAACAAUAUCAUGCCGACAACAUCUCCUAUUAGCCCGAGGAGGGUAUGGGGUGGGUGUCCAGAUGGGUGUAACCAUGCUCGUCACAAACAUCGAAUAACUAAGGGCCCGUUGCACCAGAGCACUUCGACAACGGGCCUGAUGGCCGGGACUGAGAGAGGGGGCCGCGAGGGGAAAGAGGUAGAGUUGGAUGAUAGAUAUCAAAAUGAUGAUGAGGACGAAGACGAAGACGAGGAAGGGGAGACGACCAAACAGGGUGAUCAACCUGUCCUGCAUAUAAAGUCUACGUCUGCUCUGCAUCACAGAUAUAAGCGUAGCGAGCCACCUCGCGCCUUAGAUGUAUCGUGCCUAGGAGGCCGAGACGCUGGGGGCUCGCAUAGUGGCGUAUCGACCAGCCUCGCAUCACCCCUAGCAGACAGGGACGAAGGUUCUACUGUCCAGAGAAGCAAUGGCGAUGGAAACGGCCGCCAGGGGUCCAGUCUGAAAUACAGCAGCCAUAAACGCAAUUAUGAUAGAGAUGAUGAUUACGCCAAUGAUGAUGAAGGGGAACUAGAAGAUGAACGAGCCAGGCUCGAGGAACAGAGUGUACAGGGGAGCGUAUACUAA